UGAAUAUAUUUCGCAUGACCAAAAUAACAACUACACUGGCGCCCAUUGCAUUGUUGCUUCGGCAUGCUCUAGGUGUCCUGCGCUUCCACCAGCUGGCUGCUUCCAGCAUGGUUCUUUUCCAUUUCAACGCCACUGUGCCGUUCCGCACAACGCAAUUUUUCCCAAUAGGCGUCGAUCACGCGGACUGCAAUACAACUUCGAAGGCAAUGCUGGUCCUAGGACUGGGCUGAUCUCCGCUAUGUAUUGUUGAUACAUAUGCGAGUCCUUUGGCCAACUGGAUUCUGCUUCGCCGCCGACGAAACAUUUCUGCGAUAGCAAGCAUCAUUAGAGUAAUAUACAAUGAUCCAACCUGGACUGCCAGCAGGCUUGCAAGAGAAGGGACGUCUAGCACGCUAUCAUCGACGUUGCGUGGGGGACGAGAUGAGGGCAAGUGCGUUUGUCAUAUCGGUGGACGUAGUUUAGUACACAAUGCGCA